AUGGCGGUGGAAGAUGAAGUGUCGGUGGUGAAGGGGGCGUCUGGUGAGGAGGUGUCGGUGGUGAAGGGGGCGUCUGGUGAGGAGGUGAACCCAGCGAAGGCGAGUGGCGAGCGGGCUUCUAUUGUACACGUCGGGCGUGGUAGCGUGAUGACUCGUGGACAACGGGGGUCCGCGACGACGGGUGUGAUGAGCAAGCGGCAAGUGGGUGGGGUUGAACGUAUCUUAUGGAGGCUAGCAUUGGAUGAGAGUGCGAUUGACCAAUACGCUGACGAUAUGAGUUUGAAAGUGGUCGCCCGUUUCCGUCAGGAGGAUAAGGAGAGGUUGUUUGAUGAACAAUGUCGUCGAUCAUACGCCUACCGAUCACCCAUAAUCGGUACCUUUCUGUUCUGUUACAUUCUGUUAACCGGCCCUACCUGUCAUCACUUGCUGUCGGAUGGGAUUGUGGGUCUUACGAGUACAUUGACAGUGAUUCGUCAAGGCUAUGUCGACUCUUGGCAGAUCGGAUGGAUCGUGGCAUUGUGUCUCGCAUUUAUUCUCAUAGUCAGCUACCGGUUCCCUUUCGGUCGUCGCGUACCCGAGCUUACCAACUACCUCAUGCUCGCUCCAUGGCCUUGUUUCCAGAUCUUUUGGGCCUUCUACAUGGGCAUGGACGGCAUGCUCAACACCGCCGAUCUAAUCGGGCACGUGACUGGUUGGACUGCCGUACAGGCCAAACUCUGGAGCGAUACUCUCCAGAACAAUGUGUGUUUCGUCAUCAUCACAUUCAUCGACGCCUGGAUGAUCAGUCGAUCAAAAUAUAGCUUUAGCACACACUUGUUCUACGGCGCACUCUUCGGUCUAGGAAAGAUACAGGCAAUCUUCACAUUCAAAGACUUCACAGGCAAACACAUUCCCGCCGUCAUCUGGGUCGGUAUUUGCCAAGCCAUCCUCGCUUGCGGUCUAAUUGCGCAAGCUUACAUCGGUCGACUGAGAAAUGAAAUUCGAGAACGCAUCGCUUUCAUUUCCGUUGAGAAGGACAGAGAGAGUCUAAAGGAAUUACGUAAUAGUCAGAAAAAGAAACGGAAAGGACAAGGUGCUACUAUUAUUGAGAGUCUGCUGUUUAGUGUUAAGAAAGUCCAAACGGAAAUUUUGGCUUCCGCUUUCCAGAACGACCCUAACGGCGACCCUCAACUGUUGGAGGUCAAUGGACACCUGGACGACUGUAUGGACAUUUUGCUGAGUGCCGAUAACCUGUAUACAGUCGGAAUCGGUGCGGAAGGCGCCGGUGGAGAAUUACAGGAAGAUGACGAAUUCCGUUUCCUCAACAUGUAUGUCGGAAAACAACAAGGAGGUGCCGAAGGUGAAGUAAGUAACAUCGAGGCAGGUGGUGCCGAUCUGGUGGUGCCAUAUGCGCGAGAUGCUGAAAGUUAUUUUGAUAAACUGGUACCAGAAUUUCAUUCGGCACAUCUAGGGGAAGCAGACGACAUUGGAUAUAAAAUUGGUGUGGAUAUGUUACGUUUAUACAAGAGCCGUGAGAAUGUGUUGUUCGAAGUUGGUAUGUUAUUGUUGGGACCGAGAAUGAAGGCGUUCGAAACCGAUCGACGGACAUUAGGGAAUUAUUUAUUCAGCCUACAGUCUAGGUAUUACAGUAAUCCUUAUCAUAAUCGAGGCCAUGCCGCUAUGGUAGCUCACAUGUCCCAUGUAUUUAGUUACAUGCUUCGGUAUCACACUAAUGACGAACCUAUGGCGACUCUGGUCUUAGCAGCACUCGGACACGAUUCUGGUCAUCCUGGUCGCAACAAUCAGUUCGUCGUGCACUCACAGACGUUACUAUAUCAAUAUUAUCCAUCUGCGUGGUUAGAGAAUUUCCACUGUUACUUGACCUUUCGACAUGCUACCAUAUCCGCCGAGACGAACAUCUUCAAAAAUCUGGGCACAGAUACUUACAGAAAGAUCAGGAAGAAUAUUAUUGACAUGAUUAUGUCUACUGACAUGGCUGAGCAUUUUGGUUCGAUUGGUAGAUUCAGGGUUCGACGAUCGAAUGAGAAGUUUGAUCCGAAAACAAAUGAAGAUGAUUUAUGGGCAGUUUAUAGAAUGGUCAUUAAGCUAGCAGAUCUCUCACAUAUUAUGGUCGAUUGGAAGCAACAUCUUGAAUGGUCUUUACGAGUUACAUCUGAAUUCUACUUACAAGGUGAUCUGGAAAAACAAAGCGGCUAUAGCAUUUCCCCAUUAUGUGAUCGUACUGCCCAUGCCGACUUUGCUAAGUCACAAUCCGGCUUCGUACAGUUCGUCGUACUCCCUCUGGCUACCGAGUUAGCUGAAAUAGAUAUGAUUGGUCAACUUGCUACUGAGGUUGAUACCAAACUUGUAUUCAACCGAAACAAAUGGGAGAUGCUCAAAGAGAAAGGAGAAGUACUCGAAAUACCAGAAGAUGUACCACAGAAAGUCACACCCAACGGAUUCGAAGACGCGUGUAUGUGUGUAGCGCUACUCUCCAUCAACUCACAAGAUUUCAACUAUGCUGAUCCCAUGCAACAUCCCUACUUCCAAAAACUCACCAAACUCCUCGAAACCUCUAAAGAGGCCCAACAAGGUGAACCACCCGCCACCACCCAAACCGGUGAAUCAAGACCCGUCACUACAGAGAACCAAUCCAACUCCUCUAGCUCUUCGGGCUCGUCCAGCUCUUCCGGAUCCAGCGACGACAACACAUCAGAAAGCUCCAGUGGAGAAGACGAAUCAAGCUCCAGCUCCGAUGGAAGCAGCUCCAGCGGAAGUGGAACCAGCGGAAGUGGAAGCAGCGAAAGUGGGUAG